AUGAAGACACCUAUACUCGUCCGUCUCGCGGUGCUUGCUUCGUGGUUGGACGUGGGCUCUGCCACGUCUCGAGUGUACGUCCCGAAGAAGAGAUACCCCUUGGAGUGGGACCCGGGAGCUGUCGGCACGAACAAGACGACCGAUGAGACCUACCUGCUCGAACCCCACAAUGCCGAGUCGCGAGUCGUCUUCAACCCGGAUCCUAACAGCGGAAUGCCCUGGUCGACCAACCUGUGGGCGCCCGAAGUGUACAACAUCGCCAACAAUUGGUACAUCAUCUUCACCGCCGCGCCAGACGACGACGAGCCGCCGCCGCUCCUCGACGCCCUUUGCGAGGAUAACUGUCCCGCGAUCAACCACCGGAUGUUCGUCCUCGCAGGGGACGGGCCCGACCCGUGGACGGCGGACUUCAGCAAGAGGUCUAUGCUCGACACGUACGGCCAGUUCGCGGUCGACGGGACGUACCUGCGGGUGGGCGACGGGCUCUACCACCCGUCGAACCUAUGCGUUACGCAGAUGUCGGACCCGACGCGGGUAAACUCGACGCUAACGAACCCGCGGACGGGGCAGCACUUCGUGGUGUAUUCGGCGGCGCGCUUUAAUACGCCGUACUACUGCCUCGGCCUACUCGAGCUCGUCGGCGACGACCCGCUCAACGACCGGGACUGGCGCAAGCACCGCGACGGCUGCGUCUUCCACCAGAACCCCGCCGAGCGCAUCUGCGGCACCGGCCACGCCAGCUUCACCACCUCCCCCGACGGCUCCGAGACCUACGUCGUCUACCACGCCGAGACCGAGGUCGACCCCGGCCCCCAGAUCUACCGCACCGCCCGCGUCCAGCGCAUCGACUGGGACCCGCAGACCGGCCGCCCCGUCUUCCCCAAGGCCGGGAAUGGCCCGUUCCCCGUGCCCCCGGGCCAGCAGACCUUGCCGAGCGGAUAG